ACGUGAGCUGGUUUAAUAUUCCGCGUCAAAUUAGUGGCGUAGGAGAAAUACCGCAGUGCGCAUGCGCGUCGUUUAAACCCGAUAAUUGAAAAAAAAACUUCUCUCUUAACGCGCGAUGAGUUCACACGGGGAUCAGGUUCAGUGUCAGUCACCUUUAGAGAACAAACGCUUAAAUCUCAUCCCCAUCGGGCGACAGCUUCAGAGAACUCCUCCGACUAAAAGCCUCAGCACACACACCGCGCAUGCGCCAGAAGAGCCAGCGAUCAGAGAUGAAGAAACGUCUCAGACGGUACAGCAAGAUGGCGCCCCCUGUGGACAGGAAGACAACACAUGCCCGCCUGUGAAGGAGGAGAGGAUGUCGUAUCGCAGGUCCAGCAUCACCUCAGCAUCCGCGAAAAUGGGAAACGCAGACCCUGAGGUUUUCAUCCAGGGCAUGCAGGGCUACCGGUGGACUGAUGCAGACCUGGAGUUCGUCUACCAAGCCAAGCAGCAGAAACGAGCCCAACAGCUACAGCAAGAAUUGAGUGAGGUUGAGAAAACUCUGCAGGCCGAGACUCAGAGGUUGGAGCUGGCUGUCGCGUCUCGAGACCAACUCCAGUCUGAACUGUCCAAGACUCCAUCCUGCGACUUGCUGCUGCAGCUGUGUAAAAGCAUCCUGUCUCAUUCUCGAACUGCUGAACAGCUGGACGGUUUGGGAGACAAAGCUCUGCUCUCACUGCUGAGCCUUCAUGAAGUUCAACGAGCCGUGCGAGAGAAAAACGCAGAGAUCAGCCGUCUCGAGAGAGAAGCGGAUAAAGCUCGGGAGCUCAGAGAAAAGGAGGAGAAAGCCAUGAAGGAGAUGGACAACUGUCAAAAGAAAAUUAGCACACUUCAGGGAAACGUAGAAGCUCUGAAGGUGGAACUUGCAAAGCUGAAGACUCAUCUGUCCGAAAAGGAGGAGGCAUCAAAGGUGUCUCGAGCGCAGAGGAAAGUCUUUAAGGCUGCUGAAGCCCAAGCAAUUUCCGACACAGAAGAAAAAGAUGCAGAGAAGAAGAAGGACUCUGGGGUGUCCCAAGUCCCAGGGAAAGGCCACAAGGGAUCCAGAAGGGCUAAAUCCUCAAACGAGGCACUGAAAGAGAAAGCCUUAAAGGGGAAAGCUGUAAAGGAGAAGGUUAGCAAAGACAUAGCUGAGGAUGGUAAGAAAAAAGCCCCCAAAAAUCAGACUUUAAAGAAGACCACCAAGAAGGAAAUGUCCUUAGAUAAAAUGCCCCCAAACGAGACACCCUCACGAGUAAAGACCCCAGCCAAGUUGCCCCAAAAGGUAAAGUUCUCAAACGUGGCUGAAGUGCUUGAGAAAGGAUCCAGAACUACGGUUCUGAGAAAUAAAUCCCAAAAGAAGGCAACUCUGAAAGAUUCAACCAGUAAUGAAGUGGCCCCAGUGGAGACAGCCGAGGGGGAAGUGGCUAAAAAAGGUAAGACGGCCCCAAAGAGCAAAGCUGCCAAAAAGACAACUUCAAAGAUCUAUAAGGAGGAGACGGGCCCAGAAGAGACGUCGCCAAAGCUGAUGGCUCCAGAGGAACUGUCACCAAAGGUGCUAGAAAAAGGCCGCAAGGGAUCCCGAACUAUUAACCCUCCAACCACUGCCUUGAAGGAGAAGAUCUUGAGGAAGACAGCUCUGAGAGCGAUCAGUCAGGAGAAAACUACUCAAAUUGAAGAUGAUGAGAAAGGAAAGACGACCCGAAAAGUAAAGGCCCCAAAAAAGGUUAUUUCAAAAAAUACUGCUGAGGAGAAGACCACCCCACAAGUAAGGACACUGAAUGAGGAUGUCGUGGAGGAGAUGGCUCCAAAGGUACAAUCCCAAAAGGUAAUGACUUCAAAGAAAACUGAUGAAAUUGACCCAGAGGAGUCCUUAACAAACCCCCAAAGGCUGCCAAAACCAAUUGCAUCUAAGCCAAAGGCCACAAGGACAAGAGCUUCAAAGAAAACUAGUGAGUUGACCUCAAAAAAAAGGGCAUCAAAGAAGGACCAGAAGGAGAUGGCUGUGCAGGAACUGACUGAAGAUGAGAGUUCCCCGAAGGAGACUGUUUUAAAGGAAGGCCUGAAAGGGGCAUCUAAAAAGAAGACGGCAGUAGAAAACAAGGUUAAGAAGACGACAGACUCGGAGGACACCACUUUAGAAAAGAUGGACCUAAAGGACAGGGAUGAGUUGGCAACUUCAACGAAGAAAACAGCUUUAAAAGGAAAAGCUCUAAAAGAAAUGCCUGAGGGAGGAACAAUCUCGAAAGGGACAGUUUCUAGGAGAAGGGCCCCGAAAGAAAAAGUGACCAAGCAGAAAGCGGAGAAGAGCCCUAGUGAAGAUAAGGAUUCCUCAAAUGCAGCAGAGGAGCUGGGAAAAGCCCAAAAAGCUGUGGAACCCCCCAAACCUCUAUUAGAAAGUGAUCAUGAAACAGUGCGGCGCUCGAAAAGGACCGCCGCUAAGAAUCCGAGUCAGAAUAAGAUGACACCCGAGAAAACAACCCGCUCAAGGCGAAGGUGAUUGUCCAAGGUACGAAGACAUCAACUUUUAGAUGGCUUAAUUUGUUUGGUUUCUAAUGCUUAUUAAAACACAUUUUAAAUAUCUUGCAUGAAUUAUUAUUAUUUUUUUUUACAUUAAGAAAGAGUGUAAGAGCCUGAGACGUUGCUCUUUUUAGGCAGGGGGGAAAACACUGGACUGUUAUGAUUUUCACCACAACAUGUUCGCUUACCGCACUCUAGUGGACAUGUUGGGUUUUACUCGUGCAAAAAUAAAAUCACAUUAAAAUAUAUAAAAAAAAUUUGUUUCCUUAUUUUUGUGUGUGCAUGUUUAUUAUAUGGUGCAAGUUUUGUAUCCACUGUAUCC